GAUAAGUCUCCCUCUCACCAACCCCACAAAACACGAAUUUCCUACACGUCACCCACCAACCGGUCCGCCCCAUUGGAUAAGGAUCUUUCCUCGUUCUCCCCUUCACUUUUCCCUCUAUAUUUAAACAGUCCCUCCCUCUGAAUUUCUUCUAUUCCAAUUCCAUUAUCAACCAAAAACCUUCUUUCUUUUUCUCUGCCAAUCGUUUUAUACCGAAUCUCAUAUUUGGAUUUGGAGCUUUCUUGGCUUAGAACAAGGUUUCGAGCUUUGGGUUGUUUUGGCUUUCAAGAUUUGAGUUUUGGGUUGACUUUUUUUUCUGAUUAUGGCGAGUGCUAUCGGGAUGAUUGGUGGGAACGGCUCUUUUUCAUGGAUGCAAGUCAGGGGCAAGGGAAAGGAGAAGACUGUGAACAGAGUUAGAUUUUGCUGUUCUGCUUCUUCUGUUAUAGAUCCGUACAAAACUCUCAGGAUCCAACCUGGUGCAUCUGAAUCUGAGGUCAAAAAGGCCUUCAGGCAACUUGCCCUUCGGUAUCAUCCGGACGUUUGCAGAGGAAGCAGUUGUGGGGUUCGGUUUCAAACGAUCUAUGAAGCUUAUGAAAUUGUGAUGAGUAAUUUGAGAGGCAAGUCGAAGGAGUCCCAAAUGUUUGAGGCAUAUCAUGAUCAAGGAAUCGAGAAGACAAUGAAGUACGCAGAUGGGGAGUUGUGGGAAGAAUGGAUGGGAUGGGAAGGAGCUGGAAUUCGUGACUACUCAUCCCAUAUUAAUCCUUACAUUUGAACAAAACUGUAUAUUUAGAACCAAAAAUGGUGGUUGUACCUUUGUAUAUAUAAAAUGAUUGUGGGACGAGUUAUUUUUCUUUGUAUGUAUGUGGCUUAAGCUGAGAACAAUUUAUUGAUGCUUCAAUUGAUGCUUC